AUGCAGGAGCUUUGGGGGCAAAACCCAGCUUUGGAGAUAGGUGGUCUGGAGAAGCUUCUGGAGACAGAGGACUUGUAUUGGGCUUUGAAGGGCUGGGGACCACAGGGCCUGAGGAUGAAGCUGAGGAUGAAGCUGAGCCCUCCACCACACUGGCCCCUGUCCUGCUUCCUUGUGCUGCUGCCCUGGCCUCUGGCUACACCAACAUCAAUGACCCCUUGGCAUUGCCCACCUGGGGAGGAGCCCAAUCUGGACCCGGGGCAGGGCACAUUAUGCAGGGCCUGCCCCCUGGGCACCUUCUCAGCCUCGUGGGGCUCUAGCCCAUGCCAGUCCCACUCCCGCUGCAGCCUUCAAGGGAGGCUGGAGGCCCAGGCGGGCACAGUGACUCAAGACACCGUAUGUGGAGACUGCCAGCCUGGGUGGUUUGCCCCUUCAAGGGUCCCCCAUGUUCCCUGUCAGCCAUGCUCCUGGACACCUCUGGGUCCUCGCAGUUGUUAUGAUCGGAGAUGGCGGACCCGACGUGGUGUGGAGGUGGCAGCAGGGGUCAGCGGCACUGGGGAGACACGGCAGCCUGGGAACAGCACACGGGCAGGCGGACCCGAGGAGACGGCUGCCCAGUAUGCAGUUAUUGCCAUCGUUCCUAUCUUCUGCCUCAUGGGGCUGCUGGGCAUCCUGGUGUGUAACCUGCUCAAGCGGAAGGGCUACCAUUGCACUGCCCACAAGGAAGUCGGGCCUGGCUCCGGAGGUGGAGGCAGCGGGAACAACCCUGCCUACCGGGCUGAGGAUGCCAACGAGGACACCAUCGGGGCCCUGGUGCGCCUGAUCACAGAGAAGAAAGAGAAUGCGGCGGCCCUGGAGGAGCUGCUGAAGGAGUAUCACAGCAAACAGCUGGUACAAACCGGCCACGGACCUGUGCCCAGGCUACCGCCUGGACCCCCCAGCAUGCCAUACAUCUGUCCGCAUCAUCACCACCUCCACACCGUGCAGGGUCUGGCCUCAUUCUCUGGCCCCUGCUGCUCCCGUUGUAGCCAGAAGAAGUGGCCCGAGGUGCUGCUGUCCCCCGAAGCUGCAGCUGCCAGCACUCCCACUCCCAGACUCCUGCCCAACCCAGCCAGGGCUCCCAAGGCUGGGGCCAAGGCAGGACGCCAGGGCGAGAUCACCAUUUUGUCUGUGGGCAGGUUCCGCGUGGCCCGAAUUCCUGAGCAGCGGACAAAUUCAUGGGCCUCUGAGGUGAAAACCAUCACGGAGGCUGGGCCCUCAGUGGGUGAUUUCACUGACUCCCCACAACCUGGCCUCCCCACUGAGCAGCGAGCACUGCUGGGAAGUAGUGGAAACCAUACUAAGUGGCCAAAGCCUCCAGCAGAGAAGAAGGCCGAGGAGAACCGCUACGUGGUCCGGCUAAGUGAGAGCAACCUGGUCAUCUGAGGCACCGUCUUGUCGGAAAACACUGCAGCCUUGUCCUGCGAGGUUCUGAAGGCUUCCUGGAGGAGGUAGAGCUGCAGCUGGGCCUGCAAGGAUCAAGAAGCAAUGGCCUCGCAGAAAAACAGCAAAGGCUAAGGCCUGGAGGUGGGAGUGCCUGCCCCAGUGAGAAGGCCGGCUGGCAGGCGCUGUGUACAGGAGCAAGUUGAAAGCCCCACCCGUCCCUACCACCCAGUUCCUUCCCUGCAGGAGGCCCCUGACCCUGUACCCUGGUCAGAUCCUAGGAGCCCACAGGAUCCUCUGUACCACCAAGCCAGGCCUUGAUGGUGGGAGGGGCCCUCUGCUUGGUACCCCUGGCCCCACACCUUGGUAAUGAGUCACCUCCUGCCUCUCUCUGUACAGGGCCCUAGAGCAGAUGUACCUCCCCCUCCUCUUCCAGCAGGACCUGUAAAGGGAAGGGGCAACAAAGUGCCAUGGGCUGAGAGUCUGAGUGCCUUGGUUCUAAUCCUGAGCAAGGCCCCAGCCAUCACUGAGUCCCAUUUUUUCUGACUGUGAAGUCUCAGUGCCCAGGGCCUCUCCAGCUCCCUGCAGGCUCUGGGCUGGGUUGUGGGGGAGAGCUUGCCUCCUUGCCACCUCUCCCAUUAGUAGCUUUAUCUGGCCCCAUUUUUGCUGCUUUCAGGGCCUCCACCUUCAAGGCCCCCAUGGGGCUGCCCAUCCAUGGCUCUGCCUAUAGAAGGGGCUUAAUGCAUGUGCCUGCCUCCUAUCCUGCUGUUUUUAUUGAAAUUGAAAAAACGGACUUUACCUGGGCAGGGCCCAGCCACCCCCAAGAUAUCAGGAGCUUUGGGGAAGGGGUGUGUGACAGGCUGGAGAGGCACCUCUGACAUUGGUGGUUUGUGUCCCUGUGGUGUUGGUGCAUCUGUCCCCUAGCGUGGGCAGUGCGGGCAACUGCCCAGCCUGUCUCCACCCUGGCUCAGCAACCUGCUUAUUUAUGUGGGGCUGUGCAGGCACAGGCCCCCCGCUGUCCCCAUUUCUUAUUUAUUGAAACUUUGCUGUUGUCCUGUCCCUGCGUCUCCACCCUCAUCCACUUGUUGAAUAAAAGGUGGGACGGUUGUGUCAUGAGGAGCUUCUUUUCCCUGUGCCUCUUCCCAGGUGUUUGUCCAUUCACUGAAUAGUUGUUAGGCACAGUGUGUGGCACAGGCCAUCCCUCCCCUCGAGGUGCCUUUUCUUUGGCAGCAGGUGAAGUGGGGCCUGAGGAG